AUGUAUCGCCACGGCGCUCGGCCUGCUGAGAGAAGACCUUCCCCGACGGCAGUGACAAUUUACCCGACAUCAAUCGUCGACGGCAAGCUCGAGAACUGCGCCUCCAAAGGCAUGCCUGACUGGCUCCUGCUAGCCGUGCGUCCUGGUGGCAUCCAUUGCCAGCUCAGGCGCCGCUCGGACUCGGUUGACGGCCGCCCAAGUGCUUGGCUCGUGCCCAGCCGACCGGCAGGCGAUGCCCACUCGCUGCUAGGCUAA